UCUUCCAUUGAUAACCAUAGCAUGCAUAUAUUCAUACAUUAUCAAAUAUGAUAUUAAUGACAGCUUUGCUUACAAAUUCACCAUCAAUGGAAUUUAUACACCUUCUUAGUAUACAUAGGAUGGUUUUCUUUACAAUAUCCAUUACCUAGUUGGUGCUGCUAUAAAAAUAUACUGAGAACGUUAAAAUAUGAGGGAACAGAACAUCCUUUUAACACCUACUCAUCUGCCGGCAGCCAUUAUAUAUAGUGUAGCUUUCAAUGUUAUGGAAAAAGCAUUCCUUUCUUUGCUUCCAUUUCACUUCCACCGCCUGGAAGAUUGCUAUCUUCUUAUUCGAACUAAUUGGAAAUCCAUUGCCUGGUGAGGGGGAGAAAGAGAGAGAUUGAAGGGCAUGAGCCAAGCGGGCGAUAAGCCGCUGCCAUCAUCAAGAAGCACCAGUGAUGAUACUGAUGGUCAAGUUCCGCCUCGUUCGUCACCGCCUUAUAUUCAACGAGAAGAUCACGACAAAAAAGGAGGACCUUCUUUGAGUGGCGGUGAGGGGCCGGGUGUGGCAAAGUACAGAGAAUGCCAGAAGAACCAUGCAGCUGCAAUUGGUGGGAAUGCGAGGGACGGGUGUGGUGAGUUCAUGCCUAGUGGAGAAGAAGGAACGCUCAAUGCCCUCAAAUGCUCGGCCUGCAAUUGCCAUCGAAAUUUCCACAGGAGAGAAAUUCUAGCAGUGCACCCUUCAAUUGUCGAUACUUCUAGAGGCUUGACUUUGCAUUUGCUAAAGUCAGAUCCUCUUAACAGUCCUACGGAUAGCGGGGGAGAUGAAACACACAAGGUGGAGAUUGUUGUGAAGAAGAAGAGGAGGAACAGGACCAAGUUCACUGCAACACAGAAGGAGAAAAUGUUGGCCUUCGCAACGAAAGCCGGAUGGAGAAUGCAGAAGCUGGAUGAACAAGUGGUGGAGCGAUUCUGCCAAGAGCUCGGGAUCGAGAGGAGAGUUCUUAAGGUCUGGAUACACAACAACAAGCAUCAUUACCUCCCCAGCAAACGUUAAUAAUGCCACCUUUUCUCCUGCGUUCACCUAAUUCACUCCAUUCAUGUACCUUCUCUACUCCACGGCCAUCACUUUUUCUUAUUAGACAGUGAUCAUGCUGCAGUCGGUCAUUCAUGUUAGCGCUGUUUGAAUCAAUAGCUCUAAUCCUGUUUAGUAUGGUUGUUAAAGAGUGUCAUAUAAUUCCCACAUUUCCCGCAUUACUGAUGUAACAAUCAUAGUGAUGACAUA